AUGACAUUAGGCAGUCCAAAUGUGGACCACGUUAUAGGCUGGUUACUUCGCGUCCUGUAUUUGCGGUUCACGGGAACUCCAAAUGCGACGUGGAUGGCUAGCUGCACCUUGAUGCAUUUGAUAGAGACUGUGAACUUACAUCAAGUUUCAAGGCUGAGCGGGUCUUUAGCCAAUGAAAGCAUACACUUGAAGCAACACCUUUGUUGCGUGGCUCGGCCCUUUCAUAUGUGGAUAUCCUAUGACUGUGGGCGUUCUCGUGUGGAAUCGCGCGGAACACGCGAGCUAUCACUGAAUGAAGCAUGGACACCAGACGAGCUAGCUAUCUGGCAUAACUCUAAUUCCCUGGAUCCCACGAGGCAUCUGGAACCGACGGGGUUAGAGGCUCUAUUACUGCAUACGGCGGAGCUUCAACUCGUGCACUCAGCCCUGCGACUGAAGCGCUGCAAUACCGAUUUAUGCAUUUACCGCAGACUACGUGUCUCCGGCCGGAUGGUCUCCAGAGACGUCUCUGAUCAACUUUUGCGUCUUGUUGACGAGGGAUCCGAGAUUGCCCUGGACUUGGCCACGCGACGCUCACCAUGGUGGCACAUUGUGAAAGCUCCCUUCCAGGCUUUCUGUGUUCUUCUAGCCAUCGACUCGCGAGCAUCCUUAGAAUGGGUGCCUAAAGUCCUGAGAGUCUUGCAAUCAAUUGCGGAAACUUACAAGACGGACGCAAUCAACGAAACCCUUGCAAACGCUUACACCCUUCUGCGUAUACAACACCAGCGAAAGAAAGAAGAUUAUGAUCAUCUAAGCCACUGA